AUGAGCCUCAUGGAUGAGUUGGACAGGGAGGACAUGGUAGCCAACUGGGAGUUAACCGUCUGGGCCAACUGCUCCGUGACGGUUACUGGAACUAAAGGUUCAGAAACAGUCAUUUUAAAAGCAAACUCUACUGCAGGGUCGUGGCUUAAUACAUCAUGCAGUGAUAACUCAACAAUUUCUUUCUCACAGAAAUUACCUAUCCAAACUAUAUGGAAGCCAAGUUCUGCACUAUCAACAGUGCAAAUUAUAGCAUACAUCGAUUUGGGGAAUGCUAAUUUUACAUCCAUAAGUGCGGACAUCAACUUGGGAACAGGAAUUCAGAAUGGAAGCAGCAUGAACUCUGGACAAUUAGGACAAGGUGGAUCUCCUUCAAGCAACACAGGUGGUAAUAAUUCAGGAUCUGGCUCCAACCCAGGAUCUGGCUCCAACCCAGGAUCUGGCUCAAAUUCCGGAUCUGCCUCAAGCAACAGCGGUGGUGGUGGAAAUGCAAUGAAUGCUUAUCUCACAACUUACUCAGCUGAUGCUUUCCUUUCAUCGUCUGCAGUCAGCAUGCAGUCUGUCACUGAUUUUUUCCUUUUUAUUAGUCUUGUUUAUUUGAUGUUUGUGUUUAUAUAG